AUGCGCACCACCACCGUCGGCAUUAUCUCCAUCGGCGAGAUGGGCCUGGGCAUAGCCAAGCUCUUGCAAGACCACAACUACCGCAUCGUCACCGUUGCCGCAGGCCGGAGCGAGCACACGCUGGCGCGCAUCCACGCCGCCGGGAUCGAGGCGCUUGAUUCCGACGACGACCUUGUCAUCCAGUCCGACUACAUCCUUUCCAUCGUACCGCCCAGAGAUGCGCUCGCCACGGCCACGCGCAUCGCCACGGCCUGCCAGGCCCCCGAAACGGCUCGCCAGCGAGCCACGCUCGAGGACGCUAACCAGCAGCCAUGCCGCAGCCCGCUUGUCUACCUCGAGCUGAAUGCCACCUCGGCCCGACUCGCGAAGGAACUGGGCGCCCUCUUCAGCGGGAUGUCUGAGGAGGGACCGGGGACGACGAUGACGACGUCGUCGGCCACGUCAACAGGGGCCGAGGCGGUGUGCUGGUUCCUAGACGGUGGGAUCAUCGGGCCUCCACCGGCGUUGCAGACCCCCGAGGGACAGCAGUCCGGGGUGUGGAAAAAGCCCAGUGUGGUCGUGUCGGGCCCCGCGGUGGCGCGGCUGCCAGCAACCUUCCCGCGGCUGGCAACGGCGCUGAACGUACGCGUGGUGUCGGCGGAGGUGGGCGCCGCGUCGACGCUGAAGAUGUCGUUUGCGGCAUUGACAAAGGGGCUCACGGCGCUGUCGAUCCUGUCUGUUUCCACAGCGCAGCGGGCGCAACUGCUGCCGGAGCUGCUGGCCCAUCUGGACGAGUAUUCGCCGGCCACCGGGGCGCUGGCGCGCGGGGGGGUUGUCGCGAUGAGUCCCAAGGCAUACCGGUGGGUGGAUGAGAUGCGGGGGAUUGGGCAGACAUUUGAGGAGGAGGGGGGAUGGGAGGGCGUUGGGGCGAGUAUUUAUGAUGGGUUUGCGGAGAUUUAUCGUGUGGUCGCGGAGGACACGGUGCUUGGAGGUGAGCGGGCUGGGGCUCGGGUGCGUGGGACUAGCGUGGGGGAUGCGGCCGAGGUGAUUGCCAGUCGGGGGACGCGCAAAGCAGAAUAG